CAAUGAUUUUGCAUGAAUGAAAUGUUGUUGGAUGAGAAAAAAGGUCUAGUAAUACUAAUAGUCCUUCAAGUAUUAGUUUGUGUCUCAUCCUGCGAAUAGUAGUAAAAUGGCAGACGAGGAACAGAAAGUCCCGAAGCUAGAGAUGCUUCCCCUUGAAGGUGUGGAGGACGAGACAUGCAGUACGUUCAUCUUGAACGGAGAAGACCAUACGCUGGGAAACGCCUUGCGUCAUAUCAUCAUGAAAGACCCAUCGACAUCAUUCUGUGGCUACACCGUGCCUCACCCGGCAGAGCAUCGCAUCUACCUUAGAAUACAAACACAUGGGGAGAGCGCGUCGGACGUUCUCAAGCGUGGACUGACACGGCUCCAGUCCACUUGCCAACACGUCAUGGACAAGUUUGAUGUUAGCGUCACCUACUUCAAAGACCAACAGGCUGAUGCCGGCAUGGACACGAGUUGAUGAUGCACCAGGAUGGCAUACAUAUAGUAUGUACAAGUACCGGUUAGCAUUCACGUGUGAGGCUCAGCACAGGCCGAACCAGCUUAUUGAAGUAGAAUGUUGUGUCACCAGUGGUCAAUCCCCCAUCUUGUCACCACACUACCUCUUCUUACACCAGUGCCGAGUCGGAGAGCAAGAGUGUGCCGGUGAGGAUUCAACAGGAGAACUCUACUUCAGUGCUGCUUCUAUGGUAUGGUCUCUUGCCAUUGCCACCUUGACAAUGCACAGCGUGAAUUCUGGUCUCUUGGCAGCUGUGCUUCCAGAGAUUGAUUCCCUUUUGGCUUUUUUUUAAUGGGAGUUUGGUUCACCAAUGUGUAGCCAGCUGUUGCCAUGACCCAGUUAACUAUUAUACUACUUUCUAGUAGUCCAAUCAUGUAGCAUUUCACCUGUCCGAAAUCAUCUAGUACUGUUUUAAAAGUAUUAUUUCAUUUUGAUGACGUUACAUUACUUGGAAAAGAACUGGGCUACAAGUUUACAACCGUCAUGUGUCUACUAAA